UGUUGUGAUGUAUAAAUUUACGCGUGUCUUUCGAUUUAAAUUUUUUAACAAAAACGUUUUAAAUAAAAAAUUUAGCAAUAAUGCUAAUAAUCAAAAGGUGUCAACUAACUGUUACGACGUAAUAGUUAUUGGCGGUGGACAUGCUGGAACAGAAGCAUGUGCAGCAUCGGCGCGUAUGGGGGCACGCACAUUAUUGGUUACCCAUAAAGUGGAAACCAUAGGGGAAAUGUCAUGUAAUCCGUCAUUUGGUGGCAUUGGCAAAGGGCAUCUUAUGCGUGAAAUUGAUGCACUUGACGGAAUUUGUGCUCGUUGCUGUGAUGUCUCGGGAGUUAAUUAUAAGGUAUUGAAUAAACGACGUGGACCGGCAGUCUGGGGUCCACGGGCACAAAUCGAUAGAAAACUUUACAAGCAAGCCGUGCAAAAGGAACUGUUCUCAAUAAAAAAUUUAGACAUUCGCUGUGCAGCAGUUGAUAAUCUCUUAAUAAAUUACAACGAGUUGGAAGAGUGCGGUAAACGUUGUGAAGGUGUUGUUCUACAAAAUGGUGAUGUGGUCUAUAGUCAUACAGUCAUUCUAACUACUGGUACCUUUUUGCGUGCACAAAUAAAUAUUGGUUUAGAAACGCGUCCCGCUGGUCGUGUAGGUGAUGCUCCCGCAAUUGCUUUGGGUAAGAACUUAGAAUCAAUCGGUUUUCGUAUGGGUAGACUGAAAACCGGCACACCUCCACGAAUUGCAAAAAAUAGCAUAAACUAUGUUGGAUUACCUUUGCAUUAUGGAGAUAAUCCACCAAUACCAUUUUCAUUUAUGAAUGAGAACGUUUGGUUAAGACCGGAAGAUCAAUUACCUUGCUAUUUGACGCAUACCACCUCACGCGUUAAUGACAUAGUACGUGAAAAUUUGCAUGUCAACCGACAUGUAACCGAGGAAAUAACUGGACCAAGAUAUUGUCCAUCAAUAGAAUCGAAAGUGCUACGCUUUCAAGCUAAAACUCAUCAAAUAUGGUUAGAGCCGGAAGGUUUAGAUAGUGAACUUAUUUAUCCACAAGGUUUAUCUUGUACAUUACCACACGAACAGCAAGAGCAAUUGGUGCAUGCGAUCAAAGGAUUGGAAUCAGCUGUUGUUGUGCAACCUGGUUAUGGUGUAGAAUAUGAUUUUAUAGAU